CUUUUGUUUUUUCUCUUUCAGAUUACAGCAAAAGCAGCUGUCAUUUUUGUUACACUUCAGUAUAAUGUUACCAUUCCUGCCACAGAAGAACAAUCUGCAGAAACAAUCUCUCUCUAUCACUAUGGCAUCAAAGACUUGGCUACGAUUUUCUUUUACAUGCUUGUAGCAAUAAUCAUACAUGCUAUAAUUCAGGAGUACGUGCUGGAUAAAAUUAACAGGAAAAUGCACUUUUCAAAAACAAAGCAUAGCAAGUUCAAUGAGUCUGGGCAACUCAGUGCAUUCUACCUUUUCUCCUGUGUUUGGGGAACAAGUAUUCUUGUCUCUGAGAACUAUAUAUCAGAUCCAACCUCUCUGUGGAGGGACUAUCCGCACACUCUGAUUCCGUUUCAAAUGAAGUUUUUCUACAUCUUACAGUUGGCAUACUGGUUUCAUGCUUUUCCAGAAUUGUACUUUCAGAAAACUAAAAAAGAAGAUAUCUUUCGCCAGAUUGUCUACAUUGGACUUUAUCUCUUUCAUAUUGCUGGAGCCUAUCUCCUGAAUCUGACCCAUCUUGGACUUGUUCUUCUGGUAUUGCAUUACUUCGUUGAAUUUCUUUUCCACAUAUCCCGUCUUUUCUACUUCAGUGAUGAAAGAUACCAGAAAGGAUUUUCACUGUGGGCAGUUCUUUUUGUUUUGGGAAGGCUUCUCACCUUGAUUCUCUCAGUCCUCACUUUUGGCUUUGGACUGGCAAGAGCAGAAGAUCAGCAGCUGAAUUUCAGUACUGGAAACUUUAAUAUCCUGGCUGUUAGAAUCAGUGUGCUAGCCUCCAUCUGCAUGGCUCAAGCAUUUAUGAUGUGGAAGUUCAUUAAUUUCCAGCUUCGGAGGUGGAGAGAGCAUUCUUCUUCUCAGCCUCAGUCAGUGAAAAAGAAGUUUGUAACAGCUAAAGGAAAGACCUCCAGAAAAGAGAGAGAAAAUGGAAUAAAUGGAACAGUGACCUCAAAUGGAGCAGACUCGCCUCGUAGCAGGAAGGAUAAAUCCUCGUAAAACUGGGUUUUAUUAAGUUAAUUGACUAAUGUCCCCAAAGAAUCUGCUUUUUACAUGGAUGGCCCUUCAGCACUAGAGAUGUUAUGGAUUAAAGAAAACACGAUUCAUGGGUUUUGAUUAUUGCUGUUGUUUUGAGAAACUUUUUUUAAAAGCCAUUUUGACUAAGGAAAACGGUUUAUCUGUCUUCAAAUACUUGGGUGGGGGGAUACAACACUUUUUAAAUAACAUUGACACUUUUAAAAACAUUUAUUGUGAUGAAAUAACUUCACUUAAUGAGGAUCACUGUUGCAACAUAUUAUUUCCUUCCAGUUUUUGUAAUCUUGGUGAUACACAUACUGUUUUACCAACUUCACGUUUUCCAAGUUCUUCAAGAAGUAUUGCAAAAUUGAAGUAAAAACUUAGUAUGCAUUUUCAGAUACUCUGGCUUUUCAGUUCAUUAUCUUGAUUCAAAUUUACAGUUCAAAUUGGGAUUCUGAGACCACACCGAUAAACCUCUUUAUUUUGUAGUUGUUAGCUACACAAUGUCUACUCUAAGAAUUGCCCCAUAUCAUUAAAACAAAACUGAACCAAUUGGAAAUGUUGCAGAGUCUUAUUGUUUGUUGGUUAGAAAUCUCUUACGAGGAACAAAAAACCUUUUUGAGAUACAGCUUUAGCACUUGAAAAUUAGAAGGGAGCGUGUAUGGUCAUAGAAAGUUGAUCUGAGUAGCACUGUUAACUCCUAUCUGUGCUUUUAAAGCGUAGGUAUCUUGGAGAAUUAGUGUGCGUUGGACCUUUGAAAACUUGUCUGUCUGAUUUUA